AUGGCUUAUCUCAUUAAAUUUGAGAUUGAGAGAAUCAGAGAGAGUGUUGCAUUUUGGUCUGCAUCACCAAAGAGGGAGCAAAAUUUUGUGACAUCAGCAGAACAGUUGGGAAUAACAUACUCAAAGAAGUUGAUACUUGACUGCAAGACACGGUGGAACUCUACAUUCUUGAUGUUGAGUGUUGCUAUAAGCUACAAAGAGGUUUUCGAUCAGGUAAAGACAAGAGACUCGAAGUAUACAUGUUUUCCUACAGAAAAGGAUUGGGAGUUGGCUAGUGAGAUUUGUGAAAGAUUACAACUUUUUUAUGAGGUGACUGUUAUGUUCUCUGGUUCAAAGUAUCCUACAGCUAAUGUUUUCUUUCCUUUGAUAUGUGAGAUUGGGUAUUCUUUGCGUGAGUGGACGAAAUCUCCUAUUGAGGAGAUUAAGAUGAUGGCUGACCAAAUGGUUUCUAAGUUCAAUAAGUAUUGGUCUGUAAUUCAUGGGGUAAUGGGAAUGGCAGCGGUUUUAGAUCCACGAUACAAAUUAAAGUUUGUGGAGUUACUUUUUCCUGUACUUUAUGGAGAAGAAAAGGCAAAGAUUGAAUUUCAAAAUUUGGAGGCGUUUGUCCAAACUUUGUUUCAAGAGUACGUGUCAAGUAAUGCAUCUAAAAAAAGGAAGAGUGAAGGUAUUAUAUUCUUCUUAUUGUUUGUAUAA